AGGAGAUGCUUUCUGGGAACUGCCUGUUCGGAGAGAAGCGUGGCAGGCUAAGAUGAUUCAGGCGAUACUGGUUUUCAACAACCAUGGGAAGCCGCGGCUGGUCCGCUUCUACCAGCGUUUCCCAGAAGAAAUUCAACAGCAGAUUGUUCGGGAGACUUUCCAUCUAGUCCUCAAGCGGGAUGACAACAUCUGUAACUUCUUGGAGGGUGGAAGUUUGAUUGGAGGCUCUGACUACAAACUGAUUUAUCGGCACUAUGCUACCCUCUACUUUGUAUUUUGUGUGGAUUCAUCAGAGAGUGAACUUGGGAUCUUGGACCUCAUCCAGGUUUUUGUGGAGACUCUGGAUAAGUGUUUUGAAAAUGUGUGUGAAUUGGACUUGAUCUUCCAUAUGGAUAAGGUGCACUAUAUCCUCCAGGAGGUGGUAAUGGGUGGGAUGGUGCUGGAGACAAACAUGAAUGAAAUUGUGGCUCAGAUAGAAGCUCAAAACAGGCUGGAAAAAUCCGAGGGUGGCCUUUCAGCAGCCCCUGCACGGGCUGUGUCUGCAGUGAAAAACAUCAAUCUGCCUGAGAUUCCUCGGAACAUCAACAUUGGUGAUCUCAACAUCAAAGUCCCCAACCUGUCCCAGUUUGUCUGAGGGUUGAGGAUUGGGCUUGAACUGGAAUCUAAAACAAGCAAAACCAAGCAAGUCCAGAAACAGAACCAUUUUGAGCCUUCGAAGAGUCAGGCCUCAGGAUCCUGACCUUUGUGUCUGGGGAAAGCCAUUUGGCGUGCAGUGGGGAAGAGAUUCAUAUUUACACUGCUCGAGUGUGCUCAGUUCUCACAUGUGCUGCCAUGCCAUCCUCUGAUACACAUGCUACUGCAGCUGUGAGGGCCCCCUGCCUUCUUCACUGGGGACUUGGCAUGCCCAAGCCACUCACACCUUUACCUCAUGCACAUGGCUUCUCCCAGGGGUUGGGGACUGUAUUGAGAGGCCCACCUGCUUCCCAGAACCCCACCACUAGGACUGAGCAUAUUCUCUGACUAUAGUCUUCAUGCUUAGUACCACAGGCAUCUGAGGCCCUGUAGCAUUUACUUGCUGGCAAGGCGCCGUAGGUAGAAAAGGUUUGGCCCUUCUGGUUUGGGGGUGUGGUGAAUGGCAAGUAAGGACGGGAUUUCAUGAGAACCAUAGUCACCUGCUAGCUCUACUAGGGUUAUUAUACCUAGAAUCCUUUUGCAUAGCCGAGCUUUUUGGUUACCACCUCCUGCAGAAUACGUUUCCCCCGUGGCAUAGUCCUCGUUCUUUUCCCACACGUGUUCAUGUGCAGGACAUAAUCCAAAUCACAAACCUUAUGCAUGCCCACCACAUGAAUGCUGAUAGGGAGAACACACACACACACUGGGGAGGUCUCUCCUUACAGAGGAGAGGCCCUAUGUCCAAUGACAACAUGUGGAACAUCCCAGAGUUAUGACUCUCCAGGUUUAAAAUACAUUAUCUUCAUGGGAACAGAAGGUUCAGUUGCUGUAUGAUGAAUGAUGAGUCACCUCCAUAAGAAACCCACUGUCACCUGUACCAGCUUCUGGAGCAUGAGAGCCUGAGCUGGGGCACCCAUUCAGGGACUGGACACGGGAAGUGUGCUAGCUGAGACUGGUGGCAGUGCUGCAUCUUCUUGCCAGUGGGAAAGGGGCCUGCCUCUCCCUGAGCUCUGCUUGAAGGCAUGUCCUGGUCCCUCAGAUGACAUUCCCCUAGAGCUCUGGAGACCCAUAAAUGUUUACAUGUGAUAGGAGUCUGUCUUCCUGUGGUUAAUUUAGAGCUAAAACUGCUUGGAGUAGAGCCUCUUGCUUCUCCACUGUCUUGUAGGCCAGCUCUCAGGUACCAGUGUUGAGCUUCCUCGAGAUGAGGGAGUUGACUACACCUUUCCUUACGGUAAAGUUUCCCAGCCUAGGGACCUCUGGGGUCCGGGACCCAGACUGUUUCCUCAUGCCUGCUGACACUGGUGCAGAGCAGGUCUGGAAGUGCCCAGCAGCACCAUGUGUCAGGGUUGAUCAGUGCUUCCUGUGUUUCAUGCCCAUUGUCCCCUGCAGCAUCUUGUUCUCACUCUUUCAGGACCUCUAGAUAACCUCGGAGAUGGGCAGUGUUGAUCAGAAGGUCCCUCUUGUCUUGGAAGAGGGAAAUGUUGAUGAAUAGAUCUGAUGUCAAAAUCCCUGAUAUUCUUUUGAAGGGUUUGAUAUAUUUUUUUUCUUUUUGGCAGACAUUUCAGCACAUUACAUUGUUUUCCACAUUUGCCAAAUGUGAAACGGGAAUAAAGGAAGGAAACCAAUAUUUAUUUUGCAACCUAUAGUAAGAUGGCAUGAGCAAGACCUUUGACAGUCCUUACAACAGACAUUCUUAUCCCCAUUUUUCAGAUGAAGAAAGUAGACUCAGAGAGAUUAAGUAACUUACUUGCUUUUAGGUCACACAGGGCUGAGAUUUUAGACUAUCUGCUCAUUUGACUCCAAAGUCCUUUUAUUCCUCAUUGCUUAAGGUGGCUUCUCCCAAUUUUUUCAUCUUUUUUAUAGAAAAGGAGACUGAGUCUCAAAGAGAUUGAAUAACUUCUCACAAACUGAUAAAAACAGACUUAGUUUUCUAGGGUAGCCAGUGACCACAUCAUAGACUGUAAGAGCUGAAGGGGCCUCUGCGUUCCUCCAUUAAACUGAUGAGGAAGCUGAAGCCCAGAGUUACGUGUUGUGUUGAGGGUCACAAAACUAGAAGGAAGUCGUUUUUCUUGGUUUCAUUUGCUAUGUGGUUUAAUGAAUUACUGCAGAACAGCCACAUGUACUAAAUUUCCUGGGACAGUCUUGAUUUCCAAAGUUUUGCCUGCCAGAAACCAAUGGUUCUCCCAAAACAUUGACUGGUCCUGUAGAUUCAAAAGUUAGCAUCCAGGCGACAUCCCACACACCACUUCUUAACACGGAAUACAGCCUCAGCCUGGAUUUUUAUUUGAUUGUCAAUCCCUUUGGUCAAUCCACAGAUGUUCAUUAACUAAUCGAGGUUGCUUGCAAAUCCAGCUAGCUUUCUUUUCUAUUAUCAGCAAAGCCAUAAACAACUUUUUAUUUUUAGUAGGUAAAGAGGAAAUCCUCAUUGGCCUUUUUUUUGGAGAAGGGUACAGAGUUGCUGCUGAGAGAUGUCAGUUAUGAAAAUAGGGGCUAGGUUUGAAUUUAUUUUAGGAGCCUUGCAUGGUUUAUACUGAGGACUUUGUGAGAUUGUAUAGAAUACUGGGUUUUCAGUGCUCACUGCCACAAAUUAAAAUCUAAAGUUCUUCCAUUAUGCAAUUUCUGUGUGCCUGGUGUGGGCCAAUCUUAGUUCUAGGCUCUGAAGAUUGAGAGAGAGAGGAGGCUCUGCUUCCUACUGUUGUCUCUGUGAGGAUCUUUGACAGAGUGCUCCAAUUGUUGGGAUAUGGGGAGUCUCACUGGCAGCUGAAUUUGUGGAGACUGGAGUCAGUGACUUUGUGAUAUAUGGAAUGUUUAAAGGACAGUACCUAUUUCCCAAUCCUAGCUGACCAUAUCAUGCCCUGCUGGGUUAUGCCCUGAACAGCCCUUCUUCCUCUAGCCCUGACCAUGACCCUGUGCUUUUCACAUUGAGGAUUAAGUCAAGAUAUGUUGAAUCCUCUCAAAUUCCCAUUAUUCAGACUUCUGCGACACAGAAAGCCAGCCCUGUCUGACCCCAGCUUCACUGGAAAAGAAACCAGGGAAACAUGACUAAAACCAGGUUGCUGGCUAAAUCUUGUCUUGUGGACCAAUACUUAGUAGGGGGGUUUAGUGUGGCCCUACGUCCAUGGCUUUCCAAAUAGGAUACAGCAGUGAUUUGGACAUGAAAACAAAGAUCAGGAGCAGGGCCUAGUCCAAGUUUUAGCAACAGUCAAGAUGGUGAGCCACUGAAGUAUGAAAGAGACACAGAUUUGUCAGCUCUAGCAAAUGUCCUGAUUUUCAACCUCCCAAUUCUUCCCCACCACCAAGAGGGUGCAUGUCUCACUGUGUGCUAAUUGUUAGCCUAGUGUCCAUCAGCACUCGUACACCAGCACAUGGUUGGUGCUCAGGUUGGUGGAUGUCUGUCCUCAGAGCUAAGACUGUUCACCCUCUUGGGAGCACUGGAAGGUACUACAGCCUCGCGUUCUGGCAGAUACAGAAACAGGCCCCUUUUAGGGAAGUAGUUCCAUGAAAAUGAUUAAUCCUUUCCAAAAGACUUAAAAUUCUUUCCUAUUUCAAUUUUUCCUUUCAAAAAAGGAAGUACAUUUAUAUAGUUGCUACUCUGGUGCAACAAGUUGUUUCCAGUUUAAAGGAUUGGAUUUUUAUUACCAAAACUGAGGGUAUAUCUUCCUGAAAGUGUGUGUUCCAUUUGACCUUGGUGGUUGACCUCAGCCAUCCUCUUCAGGGAGGAGAGGCCAUCACCCCUAUAAAUAGCACACACACACCCCUUAGCACUACCUAUCCUUGCCCAGCCUUACCUUUUUCCAUGCCACUCUGACACACUGUAUGUUUGGUUUUUUAAGUUAUUGUUUCCCCCUACUAGGAUGUAAGUCUCUCAAGGACAGGGGUUUGUUUCUCCUGUUUAAUGCUGUAUCCCGUCUGCUAUGAACAGUGCCUGGUCCAUACUGCUCAAUAAAUAACUGGAAUGAG